AUCACCUCAAUAACUUGAACGAACUUGAAGUCAAGUUUUCAAGGCUAUGGACACAAUGUCAACGAUGCCAACAAUCACUGCAUCAGGAUGUUAUUUGCUCAAAUAAUGACUGUCCCAUCUUUUAUAUGCGUAAAAAGGUGCAGAAGGACAUGAAUGAAGUAACUGAGAAACUAAACAGAUUUGACUAUGAAUGGUAAAUAAAGACAAGCUCUUAGCGGACUUUAAACAUGAUUGUUUCCUUUUCUCUCUCUUUUAUUUUCUAAUGACCAAAAGACCAUUAGAAGACGCCAGUUUUGCAAACGUGUUACGGCAGAAGCCAAAAGAAGAUAUCUUCUUUAAGCAUCAAAAUGCAAAGCAAACUGUUCAACUGUUAAUGAAUGCUCAAAGGAAUCUUUUAAUACCAGAACCAAACAACGACAAUAGCAAUAAGACUCUGGGCACAUGUUAUCGCUGCAGUCAUAAUACAUGUAUAAAAUGUACCUAUUGUGAACACGUCUUUUGUAAUAAUUGUAUACAACAAUGCAUAAUGUGUCAGUUACCUUAUUGCACAACCUGUUCAGAGAUAGAUUAUUCGCAACCUAUGGAGCAAGUGUUUUGCUUCACUUGCAAACAGACAUAAGGCAUUCAAUAUAUAUAUAUAUAACAUCAUCAUGUUGAAUAGAAGGAAAGAAAGAAAUAGAAGAAGAACAUCAAAGGGAGAAAAGAGAGAGAGAAGAGAGUCAUUUUAUCAUUUUUAAUUGACUAUUGUCUUUUUAAAAAGAUAAUACCUGUAUGAAAUGAUCAAGCGAUUGUAAUCAAAACUUGGCUACGAUCUGGCGAUAACCUUGGUG